AGCCUGAUAAAUCCAGAACAGUGGUCCGGCGGGUUCGUGAAGUUCCACCGGAGAAGGACAUGUUUCACGCUGCUGCGUUUGGGGACUGUGAAUGGUUGAUUUUGAGUCUGAAGAGAGCGCGGGAACCACUUCAGACUGACAAACAGGGUCUCACUGUGCUCCAUAUAGCAGCACUUCAUGGACACCUGGACUGUAUGGAGGUGCUUCUGAAGGCUAGAGAUUACAUGGACGUGAAUGCUAGUUGUCCUCAUGGACGCAGACCUCUACACAUGGUGCUGGCUGAUCAGAGUAGACCCAACUCGCACACCUGCCUCAAUUACCUGCUUGAACAUGGAGCUCAGCCCAGUGUCACAACAGACAAAGGCCUAACCCCACUGCAUUUGGCUGCAUCAGAAGGCCUGAGAGAUUGUACAGAGACACUAGUAAGAAUUGGAGCAGACCCGAAUGCUCGAGACAUAAGAGGUCACACGCCCCUUGACCUCGCUCGUAUUUGGGGCCAUAGGGCGAUUGCCAGGUUUCUAAGAGAUGCCAUGUGGCAAAAAGACAAACAGCAGGAAAUAGAGAAACGCAAACAGCUACUUAAUCUCAGACAGGACCUGGUCAUGAUGCACACAAUGGCAAAGACAAGAGAAAAGAUGGCCAGCAUCACUUUUAAAAAACAAAGGCUUUCAGAAUGGGCAAAGAGGAAGGGCUGUACUCUUGAAUGGGCUCCCAUGAACGUGAAGCAAAGAUCCAUACAUGUCCACUGUCUGUCAAAGACAGAGAAGCCAAACAAUCUCAAAAAAUGCCACCCUGGCACCCCAAAAGAAAAGUGGAACAUCUCACCCAUUCCCUCCAAACCUCCUCCUGGUAGCAUUAGUCAAUCACAGGGUGUGCGAAUGGGAACACAUCCUGAUGAACUGCCACCUGAACCGGACUUGCGUAAUAGUGUGAUGCUUGGAUGCUGGAAGGAUGGUUACCCUUACUACACAGCAUCAUGGGAUGAUACUCCACAGCCAGUGCCUGACCUGCCACUGGAUGUUCUCUUAAGAGGUUUUUUCCCAUUGGCAUUCCCAUCACGGCUUGAUUCUCCUCAACACUUCAAGAGUUCCAGUGUGCUGGAUCUGCCACGUCUAGGCUGCUCCUUAAGAAAGAAGUCCACUCCCUGGACCGAGGUGGCAAUGCAUCUGGCGGAGGAGUUGCAGCCAGGACACUAUUAGAAAUUACAAAUCUGAGCCCAAUAUUGGCUGGAUAGAUCGAAGCUUUGCAAUAAAUGGCUGAAGAGUCAAAUAUACAUAAGCCUGGAUUGGUGUUAUUGACUUUUACUUCUCUGUACGUUUGACAGGGGCAGUGGUGGCUCAGUGGUUAAGGCUCUGGGUUACUGACCAGAAGGUUAGGGUUUUUUUAUAUAUAUAUUAAAUAGAAAUCCCUCUUGGUGUGUUCAGUAUGGAAUAUUGCAUCCUGUGAAGUAUACAGUUUACUGCCUACUGCAUGCAUUUAAAAAAGCAUCACCCUAAUAUGUUGCAUUCAGGGAUUGGUGUUCAGUUAUCA